UAUAAGGAGCAAACAAUUCGAUUUAACUGUUCAUAGUUGAUUAAGCUAUUAGAAAACUAACUUGAUUAAUCAUCAAACUUAUUUCUCAUUUAAUUUUAAUGUUAUUUUUUACACAGAAAAAGAAACUUGUAAAUUCUGAUUUGAAUUCUUUGUGAAUAAACUUACCGUUAAUCGACUUUUAAUUCGUUUCUUUUUUCUUUGUUUGUUCAACUUUGUUUUUGACUUUGAAAUUUGACGAUAUUUCUUGCAAAAUUUUUCUCUUAACUAAAUUUAUUUCAACAGAAUCUUGCCUGUGACCAACAAUUUAACCAAAUAUGAAAACAUCAGCAGUUUUGCCAGUUGUAAGUGAAACAGAAAAUCACUCAGAUCAUCAAAAUGUUCCUGUUAUUAGUGUUAUUGGUGGUCGCUCCGUAUUUGGUUCCAUCAAUUCACAACAACAGUUUCCCUUCAAAAUGCAAGCAAUUAAGAAACCAGUCUUUCCCGUUCGAUAUUACAUCGCCGUGAUUGCUUGCCUUUCAUCUGCUGUUAUGUACGCGGCUCGAGCCAAUCUAAGUGUUGCCAUUAUUAGUAUGAUUGAUUUGGAUCCAUCUGAAGAUGUUAAAAAGAUCUCAUUUGAAUGGAACCAAGAGGCACAAGGAAUCAUUUUGGGUUCAUAUUAUUAUGGAUUUGCCGGAUUCCAGAUAAUUUUGGGCUAUUUGGCUGAUCGCUACAAUGUUGUCACUUUGAAUAUAAUUACACACUUGAUUGCUGCUAUAAUGACCCUUCUCACACCUUUAGCCAGCUUUUAUGGGCCCAUUGCCAUCUCAGUUGUCCGAGUGAUCAUUGGUAUAGCUCAUGCACCCAUGUUGUCCUCUUUAUACGUGCUUUUCAGCAAGUGGUUCUCUCCUGAUGAAAUAUCUGUUCCUAUCUGUUUAAUGAUUGUUGGUUCCAACUUAGGAACUGCAGCUAUCAUGCCAAUCACAGCUUGGUUCUGUAAGCAAACACUGCUUGGUGGAUGGCCGCUAGCAUUUUAUUUCACUGGAAUUAUCAAUUUAAUAAUACCAAUUGUUUGGUACUUUACUGUUACUCCAACUCCUUGCACCCAUAAAUACAUAUCGGAAUAUGAGAAGCGCCACUUGGAACAUGCUAAUGCUCACGUCGGCCAAAUUAAGUUUAAAAUUGAUUGGAAAGCAGUUAUAACUUCACCAGUUCUCUGGUCAAUCACACUAGCCAAAGCAGGAACUGGAUUUGGCUACAUGAUUGUCAAUACAAAGAUUCCUGCUUACUUGGAAAGUCAAUUGGGAAUGGAUUUGCAUGAAAACGGAUCUCUAAAUGGAAUCCUUUACAUUGCCCUUUGUACAUCUCAACUAUCAAUCGGUCCAAUAACCAAAUAUUUGAUGAAGAAAAAGUAUCUUUCUCGAAGCAUGAUUCGUAAAAUCUGUGAAUCAAUAGCUCUUCUGGUACCUUCAGUGACUCUUGUAGCCAUCGCACAUUUCCCAUUAGAUCCAUCGUUUAUCAAAUUACUUUUGGUCGCUUCAAUGUUUGCUUUCGGUGGAAAUGCUGGUGGUGACAUGCCAAUAGUUUCUGAAAUAGCCCCUGACAUAUCUGGUACCAUUUUUGGUAUAACCAACACGAUUGGUUCAGCAACUGGUUUCAUAGCUCCAAUGAUUGUAGGGAUAAUCUUAAACGAUGGGGAUACCAGAGAAGGUUGGUCAACAGUCUUCUACAUAACAGCAGCUUUCAUGAGUUUCACUGCUUUCGUGUUCAUGUUUUUAUCGACAUCUGAACCCCAAUCAUGGGGAAUGUUACCCAGUCAGCCUGAAGUUGCUCAAGAUCCAGAAGUCUUCAAAGAAGAAAGUAAAGCAGCAUACCUCAAAAAGCGAAGAAUAUCACAUCCAAUUUUCUCAGCUCAAAUUUCUAGUCUUUAGACACUACCAUGUACAGCAUUUUGUCCUCUGCAUCUCUCCCACCAUUUCACCACGUCACAAAGGAAAUCAUUUCAAAAUUCAAAUCGCCAUAUUCUGAGUUGAAACCAAUUUGAUGAGACAAGCAAUCCUUUUCACACACUCCAUCUAUUGGUAUCUAUCAAUUAGUAUUGCUGAAGACCAUUUAAAGUAUUACAAUCAUUACAUCGACGAAAGCUUUGAUUGAAAACAAUUUGAAACAUUUCUUCGCAUAAACUGUCGAUAUAUCUUUUUAUACAGAUUUCUUCUUCUAUUUAUUAUAAUAUCCCAUUCACUUAAAAAUUUAAAUCUCACUGAUAAACUGAAUUAUUGUUGAAAGGUGGAGUACUCUCAUGUUAUCAUCAACAUUUAUAUAAAAUAUCACCGGGCCUUAUUUCAUUUGAAACCAUCAUUUCUUACUCCACCUUUCUUGCAUACCUUCAACGUCAUCUUUCAUUCCUAUUAUUACAAUUGUAUUCUGUACCUAUUAGUUCAUUGUUUGAUACUCACAAAUAAAUAAAAGUAUUACAAUCAUUGAA